CAUGACCUGAAAUGGGAGGUACCCCCUUAAAGACGCCUGCGCUCUUGGAAGAACUCGCCCUGGGCGACCUCCGACGCCAGGAAGUCAGGAAGUUAGUUACCUUGGAUGUCUCGAGGUGCCAGGCUCGCAUCCUGGGCGGGCCAUGGCCCGUGCGUGCUAGCCUCCCGACGUAAAGUGGACGUGUUUCGGUGGUGAACAGCAGUGAUAAGUAGAGCCACGGAAUUUUCGCGCAUUCAUUCAGUCGCAAGCUAGAAUGCAGACCUCCACACUGUCGCACUGUGCUCGUGAUUGGGCCGCAGUUAUCUGGACACGCCCCUCUACGACCGUGAGCCAACGAUGUCCAGCUGGGAGAGAAGUAAGCGAAUCAGGACGCUCCAGUUUGAUGCGAUCCCCUGCUUGACCGAAGACGGUAGGCGAAGGUGACGCUGUUGCCGUCGAUUGUCUCCGCACAAUCGCCGCACCCGACUCCCUAAGCUGGGCAGCACCCUGAGUUGGUUGACAUCAGGCGAUCCGACAGAGGGAGCGCGCACCAUGGAACCCGCCGGGGAUGACGAGCAGGCCCGCGCGGUCAACUUCAUCGUGGGCAGCGGCGACGCCGACGACCCCGGGACGCCCGCCGAGGACGAGGCGGCGCUCAAGGACGUGCUGCAGUUCAAGGACGAGGCGACGGAUGUGUUCCAAGCGCCGCUCAUCGAAAGGACGGCCAGCUCCGGCGGCAUGUUCGCGCUGGCAGAGCGCCGCAAGAGGCUCAGGCCCAGCAUGUCUCAUGGAACAGUUGCAAACAACAACAGAUUGCAAGAGAAAGAUUUCACAGUGGCAACGCCUGAAGAAUUCGUCAGGAAAUUCUGUGGCACAAAAGUUAUUAAUAAGGUUCUGAUAGCAAAUAAUGGCAUUGCAGCGGUUAAGUGCAUGCGUUCCAUUCGUCGCUGGUCGUACGAGAUGUUUAAGAACGAAAGGGCAGUUAAAUUUGUGGUCAUGGUGACACCAGAAGAUUUAAAAGCAAAUGCUGAAUACAUCAAGAUGGCAGAUUUGUACGUUCCCGUUCCAGGAGGGUCUAACAAUAAUAAUUAUGCAAAUGUGGAACUCAUUCUCGACAUUGCUGUCAGAACACAAGCACAGGCCGUGUGGGCGGGCUGGGGCCACGCGUCGGAGAACCCCAAGCUGCCGGAGCUGCUGCACAAGAACAACAUCUCCUUCAUCGGUCCCCCGGAGAAGGCGAUGUGGGCCCUGGGCGACAAGAUAGCCUCCAGCAUUGUGGCGCAGACGGCCAACAUCCCGACGUUGCCGUGGUCGGGCAGCUCCCUGAAGGCGCACUACGAGGGCAAGAAGAUAAAGAUAUCCUCGGAGCUGUACAAGAAGGGCGGUGUAUCCUCGGUGGAGGAUGGUCUGCUGGCAGCACAGAAGAUCGGCUACCCGGUCAUGAUAAAAGCUAGCGAAGGCGGGGGAGGGAAGGGCAUACGCAAAGUGGAGUGUGCCGAGGAAUUCCCGAACCUUUACAGACAGGUUCAAGCGGAGGUCCCCGGCUCGCCCAUCUUCGUCAUGCAGCUGGCCCGCUGCGCCCGGCACCUGGAGGUGCAGCUGUUGGCCGACCAGUACGGCAACGCCAUCUCGCUGUUCGGCCGCGACUGCUCCAUCCAGCGCCGCCACCAGAAGAUCAUCGAGGAGGCGCCGGCCGUCAUCGCGGAGCCCGACGUCUUCGAGGACAUGGAGAAGGCGGCGGUGCGGCUGGCGAAGAUGGUCGGCUACGUGAGCGCGGGCACGGUGGAGUACCUGUACGACACGAACGGCAACUACUUCUUCCUGGAGCUGAACCCGCGGCUGCAGGUGGAGCACCCGUGCACGGAGAUGGUCGCCGACGUGAACCUCCCAGCUGCGCAGCUGCAGAUUGCGAUGGGUCUCCCUCUCCAUCGUAUCAAAGACAUUCGGUUGUUGUACGGGGAAUCUCCUUGGAGCGACGGCGAUAUUGAUUUUGACUACCCUCACCACAAGCCCCAACCGUGGGGCCAUGUCAUAGCAGCUCGUAUCACUAGUGAAAAUCCUGAUGAGGGUUUCAAGCCCAGCUCUGGCACGGUCCAAGAACUUAAUUUCCGCUCUUCGAAAAACGUUUGGGGCUACUUCAGCGUGGCUUCAUCGGGAGGACUGCACGAGUUCGCAGACUCCCAGUUUGGCCAUUGCUUUUCGUGGGGUGAAAACAGGGAACAGGCCAGGGAGAACCUUGUGAUAGCACUGAAGGAGUUGUCGAUUCGCGGAGACUUCCGCACUACAGUUGAAUACCUGAUCAAGCUUUUAGAGACUCCAAGUUUCCAGCACAACUCCAUCGACACGUCGUGGCUCGAUGCGCUGAUUGCAGAGCGGAUGCAGGCAGAGAAGCCGGAUAUCAUCCUCGGCGUCAUCUGCGCGUCUCUGCAUAUCGCUGAUAGGACCAUCCUUAACGUUUUCCAGAAUUUCCAGUCGUCUUUGGAGAGGGGCCAAGUGCAAGCAUCGAACACACUGGAGAAUACAUUCGACGUAGAACUCAUAAAUGACGGUUUCAAGUACAAAGUGCAAGUAACCAAAUCUGGACCAAACACCUACUUUCUAGUCAUGAAUAACUCGUCCAAAGAAAUCGAUAUACAUCGAUUGUCUGAUGGAGGGAUUCUCCUGUCGGUGGACGGGGCCAGUUUCACCACGUACAUGCGGGAGGAGGUGGACCGCUACCGCAUCGUCAUCGGCAACCAGACCUGCGUGUUCGAGAAGGAGAACGACCCGUCGCAGCUGAGGGCCCCAUCUGCCGGCAAGCUGAUCAACUACCUGGUGGAGGACGGGGACUUCGUGAACGAGGGUCAGGCGUAUGCGGAGAUAGAGGUGAUGAAGAUGGUGAUGACGCUGACGUCGCCCCAGGCGGGCUCCUUGUUCUACGUGAAGCGGCCCGGGGCGGUGCUGGACGGGGGCUCCCUGAUCGCGACCUUGGACCUGGAGGACGCCUCGCUGGUGCGGCAGGCGGAGCUGCACCGCGGCCAGUUCCCGGGGGCUCACAGCGAGUCUCCCGCCGUCGAGGACAAGCUCAACCACAUCGUCACCGGCUACAAGGUCGUGCUGGAGAACAUCCUCGCAGGCUAUUGUCUACCAGAUCCGUACCACCAGGCGAGGCUAAAAGAGGUUGUUGAAAACUACAUGACUUUUCUCCGAGACCCGCGACUACCCUUACUAGAACUGAAGGAAGCUAUCGCAUCAGUAUCAGGCCGCAUCCCUAUUUCUGUGGAGAAAAAAAUUAGGAAACUUAUGUCGCAGUAUGAGCGCAACAUUACAUCGGUUUUGGCUCAGUUUCCUAGUCAACAAAUCGCAAGUGUAAUUGACAGCCAUGCAGCGACGUUGCAGAAGAAGUCGGACCGGGAGAUGUUCUUCCUCACGACGGAAAGCAUCGUGCAGUUGAUGCAGAGGUACAGAAGCGGAACACGAGGCCACAUGAAGACCGCCGUGUAUGACCUCCUGAAGCAGUAUUAUGAAGUGGAAUCUCAAUUCCAGAUCGGCAGUUAUGACAAAUGUGUGACAGCCCUUCGAGAAAAGUACAAAGACAACAUGGAAGCUGUCACUGCCACUAUUUUUUCACAUGCAAAGGUUUCCAGGAAGAAUUUGUUGGUUACUUUGUUAAUCGAUCACUUGUGGUCGAAUGAGCCGGGCUUAACAGAUGAACUGGCGUCGAUACUGAAUGACUUGACUUCCUUGAACCGAAGUGAGCAGUCUCGUGUUGCUCUGAGAGCAAGGCAGGUCCUGAUAGCUGCCCACCAGCCGGCUUACGAGUUGCGCCACAACCAGAUGGAGUCCAUAUUCCUGUCCGCUGUCGACAUGUACGGCCACAGCUUCCACCCUGAAAACCUGCAGAAGCUGAUCACGUCGGAAACGACCAUCUUCGACAUUCUUCACGAGUUUUUCUACCACUCUAACAAGGCGGUGUGCAGUGCGGCACUCGAGGUAUAUGUGCGUAGAGCAUACAUCUCGUACGAAGUGAUGUGUCUUCAGCUGACGGACUUAUCUGCCGGAAUGAGUCUACUGCAGUUCCAGUUUCUUCUCCCCAAGUCUCACCCCAACAGGAUUCCGUUCAACAGGAAGUCCGAGCCCGGCGACAAGCUGUACUCGAGCUUCGAGAACUGCCACCGCACCGGGUGCAUGGCCGCGUUCGAGACGUUUGAGGAGUUCGAGGACAGCGCCGACGAGAUCCUGGACGUGGUGGAGGAGUUCUCCUCGCCGUCCUACACCACCCCCAAGGCCAUCGAGGAGGCCAUGGAGACGGGCAGCGAGUCCCGGCUCAGCACCAGCAUCAGCAUCGGCGACGAGCGAGUUCACCAGAUCGAGAACCUCAUGGGAACGGAACCUAUUCACAUAAUCAACGUGGCUGUGAAAGAUAAAGAAGACACCAAUGACUUGGUCCUUAGCAAGAUGUUUGGAGACUUCUGCAGCAGCCGUCGUGAAGAGCUGACCAAGCGCGGAAUCCGUCGCAUAACGUUCUUCGUGCUGAUCAGGCGUCAGUUCCCUAAAUGUUUCACGUACCGGUGCCGCGAUAACUUCACAGAAGAUCGUAUUUAUCGCCACUUGGAUCCUGCUAUGGCAUUCCAGCUGGAACUGAACAGAAUGCAGAACUACGACCUGGAGGCUCUACCGACCUCCAACCGGAAAAUGCAUCUUUACCUCGGGAAAGCCAAGGUAGCCAGGGGUCAGCAGGUGACAGACUACAGAUUUUUCAUUCGUUCGAUUAUUCGCCACUCGGAUCUCAUCACCAAGGAAGCUUCGUUCGAGUACCUCCACAACGAAGGGGAGCGUGCGUUGCUGGAAGCCAUGGAUGAGCUGGAGGUGGCAUUUUCUCAUCCCGACUCGAAGAGGACAGACUGCAAUCACAUAUUCUUGAACUUUGUCCCGACAGUCAUCAUGGAUCCCGUGAAGAUCGAGGAGAGCGUGACGAACAUGGUGAUGCGAUACGGAGCUCGCCUGUGGAAGCUGCGCGUGCUGCAGGCUGAGAUAAAGAUGACGAUUCGCCAGACGCCCAGCAGCGAGACGAGCAACGUGCGCCUGUGUCUGGCCAACGACAGCGGCUACUCUCUCGACACCUGCCUGUACAAGGAAGUGACGGAUGUCAAGACCGGCAUGAUAAAAUAUGAGUCGUAUGGCCCCAAGCAAGGACCGAUGUAUGGCUUGCCUAUCUCCAUCCCGUACAUGACCAAAGAUUACCUCCAGCAGAAGAGGUUCCAAGCACAGAGUGUUGGCACCACUUACGUCUACGACAUUCCAGACAUGUUUAGACAGGUGCUGGAAAGUGUCUGGAAGGAGCAUGCCAAGAUUUAUGCAACAAAUGACGUGAAGAUCCCGACGAAGCUGGUGGACGCCAUCGAGCUGGUUCUUGACGGGGAGGGCCUGAGCGAGCAGAAGAGGCUGCCGGGUGAGAACAAUAUUGGAAUGAUUGCGUGGCUUGUUAAGCUGUACACGCCAGAGUACCCAUUGGGGCGCGAGUUGAUCCUCAUUGCAAACGACAUCACGUUUGUGAUUGGUUCGUUUGGGCCGCAAGAAGACUUCUUGUUCUACCGCGCUUCGCAGCUUGCUCGCAAGAUGCGCAUCCCUCGUAUCUACAUCGCUGCCAACAGCGGGGCCCGACUGGGGCUCGCGGAAGAGAUAAAGCAGCUCUUCCGUGUGGCGUGGGAAGACCCGGACGAACCAGAAAAGGGAUUCAAAUAUUUAUAUCUGACCACAGAAGAUUUUACUAAAGUUUCUGCGAUGAACUCAGUUCGUGCAACACUCAUUGAAGAUGAGGGCGAAGCCAGAUACAAGAUUACUGACAUUAUUGGGAAGGAGGAUGGAAUCGGCGUGGAAAAUUUGCAAGCAGCCGGCAUGAUCGCCGGAGAGACUUCGAGUGCUUAUCAAGAGAUUGUAACCAUUUCCAUGGUUACGUGUAGAGCGAUCGGCAUUGGUUCUUACCUGGUGCGGCUGGGUCAGCGAGUCAUUCAGAUAGAAAAUUCGCACAUUUGCCUUACUGGCUACAGUGCAUUAAAUAAGUUGUUGGGGCGUGAGGUCUAUGCUUCAAACAACCAGCUGGGAGGCAUCCAGAUCAUGUACAACAACGGCAUCACCCACAAGACUGAACCACACGACAUCGACGGCAUACGCACCAUCGUGAAGUGGCUCUCUUACAUGCCGAAGGACAAAAUGUCUCCGUUGCCUGUAAUGGAGCCUGUGGACUCCAUUGAUCGUGAAGUUGAGUACAUGCCUACGAAGGCACCAUACAACCCUAGAUGGAUGCUCGAAGGCAGAGUAAAUGCUGGCAGCAGCAAGUGGGAGAGCGGCUUCUUCGACCGGGGCUCGUGGCAGGAGAUCAUGCAGCCGUGGGCACAGACCGUGGUGUGCGGCCGCGCGCGCCUGGGCGGCAUCCCCGUGGGGGUCAUAGCCGUGGAGACCCGCACCGUGGAGCUCAACCUGCCCGCGGACCCAGCCAACCUCGACUCGGAGGCCAAGACUGUUUCGCAGGCUGGCCAGGUCUGGUUCCCGGACUCCGCCUACAAGACUGCCCAGGCGAUACAGGACUUCAACAGGGAAGAUCUUCCUCUCAUCAUAUUUGCCAACUGGAGAGGGUUUUCCGGUGGCAUGAAAGACAUGUACGACCAAGUGAUGAAGUUCGGCGCCUACAUCGUGGAUGCGCUGCGGGAGUACAGGCACUCGGUGCUGAUCUACAUCCCUCCGAACGGCGAGCUCCGCGGCGGGGCGUGGGCCGUCGUCGACCCGACCAUCAACCCCCGCCACAUGGAGAUGUACGCCGACGUGGACAGCAGGGGCGGGGUGCUGGAGCCCGAGGGCCUGGUGGAGAUCAAGUUCCGCGCCAAGGACCUGGUGAAGUGCGUGCACCGGCUGGACCCGGCGGCGGCGGCGGCGGCGGCAGAGCUCCAGUCGGGCCCCGACCUGCCGCUGGAGCGCCGCCGGGCCCUGGAGCAGGAGGUCAAGGAGCGCGAGGCCCUGCUGCUGCCCAUGUACCACCAGGUGGCCGUGCACUUCGCCGACCUGCACGACACGCCCCACCGCAUGCACGAGAAGGGGGUCAUCCGGGAUGUUAUUCCAUGGCGCCAGUCGAGAAAAAUUUUGCACUGGCGCCUGAAGCGUCUUCUCCUCGAGAACGAGAUCACGAAUGAGCUCCUCAGCAUCCAGCCGAACUUGAGCCUGGGGCAAGCAGAAGCGAUGUUGAGGCGGUGGUUUGUGGAAGACAAGGGAACCACCAUGGCCUACUUGUGGGAGAACAACGAAGCAGUCGUGUCGUGGCUGCUCGAGCAACAAUCUGAAAUGCCUGGUCGUUCCAUCAUCGCACGCAACAUCAGUGCUGUUAAAAGGGAUGCAACGAUACAAAUGAUAAAGUCCGCUCUGGAGGCUUGCCCACAGGUGUCUCUGGAGGUAGCCUUAGACAUCAUCCAGCACCUGCCGCCCCACCUGCGAGUGGAAGCCCAGAGGACUCUGGCUCAUGUCGACAGCAUUCCCAGCGGUUCCGAGAAACCUACGAUACAGGAGCAGAAGUAGCUGUGUGCCGCGUUGUUGCACCACGUGCGUGCUUUUGUUCCGACGUCCGGAAUGUUCGCGGCUCAGCGGGAACUCUGUACGAACUGUAACUAUGUACUGUUUUUUUUUUUUUUUUUGCCCAUAGUGGGCAGCAGUGUGCAAUAAAUAUUUAUUAUGAAACCAUCGCAAAAUGUUAUGUGGAGUAGCAGUUGUCUCCGGAUGUGUUGGACCGUAGGUAUUACGCUUGUGCAGGAGAUUGUGAUGGUGAUCGACUUAAGUGACAGGUCAUAAAGAAUGGUGUUGCUGAUAAUGCUCAAUCAUGAACUGGUUUAUAUUGAAGAUUACUUGUCGUGGACCAUAGGCAGUGCGUUUCUUGAAACUAAUGGAAUGCAAAUGUUUCGAAAGCUUGCAGAAAUUAACCAUCUAUAUUAGCUUCAUAUGUAUUUAUUUGAGCUAGGUAGGAUACUGUGUCGAUAUCCUAUCCCUAUGCAUAUUCUAUUUUUCUUUAAAGUCUAUGGAAAUAUUUUGAAUUUUUAAUCUUGAAAUAGCCCGUUUAUCAUCCAAUGUCAUCGCUUUUCAUAUGGGAAUUUUUUCCCCCAGCCAAAAUUUGCUAGAACCAAAAUACUGUAUCUUGCCCAGCUCUUAUACUUAAGUUUGUCAUUAACGUCCGUUAUGUGAUCUAAUUUUUAAUAAUUUAACUAUGCCCCUGCAAUUAUUAUGUUUUGAAUAUUGGAAUGUAACUUUUUUUUAACAUGGAAAAGAUAGGUAACUUGUUAUUAAAUAUUUUACGUACUACAUUCAUGCACGAGUUCAUGCUCGCAGCUUAUUUGUGAUUUGUGGCAUUAGGAAUAUUAUGUUUUGACUGUGAAGGUUGCCAAAAUGAUCAAUUACAACUGAAGAUCACUUUAAUAAUAACUCCAAAAGAAUCAGGAGUUCACUUUUUUUUUUUCCCCUGAAUGUAUAAAUAUUUGAUAAAUUUUCAUGAAAAAUGUAGUUUGAUGGACAUUUAAGUAUUCUUGAGUUGGUAUCUGAGAGUAAUUUUUAAAUCAUUUGUUUGUUAAUAUGUAUAUCUGUGCAAGUAUCACCAAAAAAAAAUCAAGGAAAGUUGGAUUGCACACAAAUUUGAUUAAAAUUCGGAAUUAUUUUAACACUUAAAUUUAAUUUUAGAUACAGGAGGUAAAGUUGAUUUAGAUACAAGAAAAAUGUAGCAUGGUCAUUUCUCAUGGGUUGAAACAUCUAUUUUUUAUUGUGUUUGAAGACAUGUCUUAAAAACCAUUGCUGCAUGCGACAAGAAAUAUUAACCAUCAAAAGUUUUGGUUUUUAAUUUGUUAGCAUUAGAAAUACAAGCAGCCAAAGUCAAAAACACCUUGGCUUUGAAUCAUUUUUAUUUAUUGAAAGAAAUAAAAAUGGUUGAUGUAGAAAAGACAGAUUGCAUUUUGUUAGCACUUUAACAGUUACAUUUUUGUUACUUGAGAUUUUUUACAGCUAGUUAUGUGAAUACGUUUUAUUCUCGGUCAUCUGAUUGGAAGAUGUUUUUUUUCUUGUAAAGGGUUUGGCAGUCUAUUCAGAAAACUUUUGUAUUAAACUUGAUUUAGCAUCUUUAAAGUUAUAUUUCCCCGACCAUUUGUAGUUGCUACUAGAUUAAGGUAUUGCUCAGUUAUUCCUAGUUCUGUGAAUAAUGAAUACCUUUCUUUCUAUAGCUAGUCUGUAAUAUUACACUCGAACCAUUGGACCAAGGUAUGACUUAAAUAUUAAAUAAAUAUGGGCCGGUCAAACCCUUGAAUACCAUUGAAACUCUAGAAUUUGAAAGUUCUGAGAUAUGAGGAAAAAGAUUGGAAGAAAAAUAUUGGAUGAAAUUAAGUAAAUCAAAAAUAUUCAACACUGACAACUCUGCAGUUAACGAGGUUCAAUUUCUGUUUUUUUUUUCUUACCAAUCCUAUUAAUUUUUUAUAGAUAUUGUACUUUUAUGUAAUUAUGUAAAUAGUAUUACGCUAUUUAUUUAUUCUGGAAACUUAGUUUUUGAAACUAACAUUUAAAGGAUUUAAUGUUUUAACACCAUAGUUAAUAUUUUUUCUUGUAACUUUUCCCCCCAACUCAUGAGACCUAAAUUCAGAUUCAAGGUAUAGAUUUCAGGCACUCUUUGUAAUUUGAAUUCAAGAUGAUUUAGAUGUUGUCCAUAUCUACAAUAAAAUUAAUCUUUUUAAAUUUUGAGGUCACACAUUUUUCUAAACAUCAUCAGAAAACUAAAAAUCUUUCUUGUUAGUGUAUAAAAAAUUAAUCUGAAUGUUUUUAGAAAUUGUGUAAUGUACUAUUGUAUUGUGUAGUGACUUGUGGUUCAUCGUCAUUAAUCUUCUUGUAACAGAGCAUUUUUGUAAUGAAGAAACUAUGAGAAGGUUUUCACUGUCAACUUAUAUAAUAAAUUCAGUAGUCAUCCCUUGUACAUUCUAAUGCUUAUACGCCUGUUUUUGUGCAGGUUAACUCAAAAUCAAUGUUUGCUGGUUGAAGCUGGUUUUUGACUACAAAUAUUGUCUAUGGAAUUUAGUCGGUAAUCGUGCAUCAUUAUGGAGAUUUGGUUGCAAGCAUUUGGGAAUUUCAUGACAGGACUCACAAUUUGUUCGCUCCUUUGUGCCAUCACAGGGGAAGCUCGGAUAGUCUCUCUCUCUCUCUUUGGCUGUGAUUUUGUGCAUGCGUAAAUAGCCACUGAAUGUGAACUUACCAGGUAAUGUUGCUGUAGUAACUUCUGUAGUGCUUUGUGCAGAUAUUUACGUAUAUUGUAACUGAGAGAAUACUAGUUGUCUUUAUCCAGGUGGACCUGAUGGAAAUUAGCUAUGAUGCUAUUUGUUGUAAUGGGACUGCAGUUCUUUGAAUUAUUGCCAGUUUGCAGAUCUUAUUUAGCUUCUUGUAGCAGAAUUCUAAUUGUUUCAUGAAGUAAGGUAUCAGUUAGUGCUAGUUUAGCGUGCAAGCAAGCCUUGAUUCUUGGUGGCUACACUGGGGGCAGCACUAUAGUGUUUUGUGUUACUGCAACAAUACAUCUGCAGUGUUACUCAUAUUUGCUGGUUCCAGUAUGAGUAUGUAACAUUGUUUUGGCUUAAUCCUAAGUAGGCUAUGCUUUCAGGAGUAUGUUAAGAAAGUUGUGAUCUUAGCACCGAUUUUCUAUGCCUUUUUUAUGUAAUUGACAUUAAGUAUUUAUCCAUGCUGAUAUGUACAACUUUAAUUCCUUUAUUUUUUGUCUAGGCUGCUUUAUAAUUUCAGUAUUGCCAUUGAAGUGCCUUAGAGAGUAAGAAGGAAAAAGUAAACAUUUGGCUUUACACUGUUAUUUUUCUCGUAGCAAAUUUGCCACUGUAAAUGCAUUUAAAAUAAAAUAGUUCUAUUAUUGUGCUCAAAAAGAUGAUUCUUUGAGUUUCUUCUCAUGGUAGUUAUUCCGAUAGCAGUUUAGAAAUAGGAUAUAGGUAUAUAUUUUUCUACAGACUAUUUUAAUUUUAGCUUUUUGUGUGUAAUUUACUAAUAAAGCAGGUGUGGGCAGCAAGAAUUCGUAUAGUUUUAAGAACUGAUUGGUUUAGUUUUUGGAAUGAAUUUAUUUGGCAUCAAAACAAAUGUCUAGCAAAGUGUUUAUUGAUUUUAUUUUUUGAAAUAUGUGCCAAUCAUUUUGGCUAUAGAUGUGCUUUUUAACAAAUGACUAUUUUUGUUGUACUGUUAUAAAGGUGGUUUUUGUUUUAUAAUAACUUAACUUUUUUAACUACAAGUAUUCCUGUAAACUAUUUCAGUUUUAUUUUGCAAGAAAUUAUUAUUUUACUGUAAAUGAAUUCAUAUGUUAAAUAUUUAAUAUUUAUUAACCUAGAAAAAUUAUUUAUUUUAAUAAUGUUGUUAAUAUUGCUUAUCUUUGCAGCUAAUUUUUAAAAAAGUAAAAAAGAACUAUUUAAUGCACCAGUUCAGUACAUUAAACAUGUUUCAUAAACUAGUGCAGUGAACAGGGUUGCAAUCUCCUCUUUAUGCCAUGUAAAUGAACUGAAAACAUUAAAAUAGUAAAGUAUAUUUAACCAUGGGUUAUGCAUUUGAUUGCAAGAAAAGUCUUCAGAGUGAGUUUUGUGUUGAUGUUUGCCCACACUUGCAGCUAAAGUAAUACUGCCAUUGUUUUGCUAUAUUAAAUAGGUACAAAUUGUAUACUUAAUCUUUUAUCAUAAGUUUAAAAUUUACCUGUGUGUAGAGACAAGAUUAUAUGGUGAAUACUGAAUAGGGAUAACACAGAAUGUAAGUUACUACACCAUAUAACACCGAAAUAUAACAGAAUUUACCUGAAUAACCUUAUUUUGUCUAUUAACAUAUUCAAAGGGAAUUUAUAUUAUAAAUUCAUCAUUUAUUUUAUAAAUUUAGUUAAAAAAUUAAAACAAUUAUGUACUAAGUACAAAAAUUUAUUUAGUUUCUAGUGUAAAGGUUUUUUCUACAUAUACUGUAGAAGUAGAAAAGUAAAAAAUUGUUAUUGUAAUAAAACUUAUUAACAGUAAAGUAAAUAAUAGCAGUCAAUAUCUAUUACAUCACAAGGAAAAAGCAGAAGGAAAGUGGGCUUCCACAUUGGGUUUUGAUUUUGUUUAUUCAUAUUUAUAGUAUUGUCAAUUUAAGACAGUAAACGUAAGUAAAAUUCAAACUUGAAACUUUAUAUGCAUCAGGAAAAAAUUAAAGCAAAGCAAUAAAUCUAAGAAUUUUUCCCAUUGGAAUUCUGAAAAUAUAUAUGCAAUUUUAGUUGUAGUUCCAAUGAUAUGCCAUUGUGUUUUUUUUUUUUUUUUAGUAUGACAAAUUUGAGCAAUUAAAAUAUUUAUGUACAAUAUUAGUGACAUAGGUAUACAACAUUCAUGAUGAUAGAAAUGAUAGCAAAAAAAUCUUAACAUCCUUCAAAAUAAUUUAGUAAAAUUUAAAUCCAUAAAAUCUUGGCUCUACCUGUGGUGUCAUAAAUAAAUUUUAUUCCAUCAGUAAGACAAAAUCACUUAUUUGGAAUUGGAAUUAUUUUAAUAUUAUUAAUCUGUUUUGGUAGAAAUUAAUAAAUUUGUGUAAUUUAAUCGUAAAUUUUAGUGUUUGUCUCUUUUGUUUUGAAACACAACUAACUGAAUUUUGAAUGUACUGUAUUUUGUUACGCCAAUAUUAUCUCUUACUGUGAGUUUUCGAAUCUACGUGUAAGUUGUUGGAAAUUUUGAGUUAGGCUAGUUUUAACAUGUUCCUGUAGCUGUGAAACAGAUCAAAUACAACACAUAUUUAUGUUUGGACCUUGAUGAAUAAUAAAAAUGUUCUGUUUUUUUUUUAAA